UGGCGGAGGCUGGCUGUUGCAAGGAAAGACAACGAAUUUCUGAAGAAGAAAAAAAAAAGGGCAAGCGGUGUACCGGCUGGUGACGAAAUGAGGGGGGGCGUUUGUGCGGCCAUGCUGCUGCUGCUGCUACUUUCAGCUGCCCGAUGCGGUUUGACCUCACCAGGGAGACCGGUCCUGCUCGGCUGCCGGUCCCCUGAGAAGGAGACGUUCACCUGCUGGUGGGAGCCGGGCUUGGACGGAGGACUGCCGACGACACACCGCCUCUACUACCAGAGAGAAGGAUUGGAGGGAACGCACGAGUGUCCGGACUACCACUCGGCCGGGAGGAACUCCUGUUUCUUUGACAAGAACCACACGUCCAUUUGGGUGGACUACUACCUGACAGUGGUGGCCUUCAACGCCCUCAGGAACGCCACGUCGGACGUUUUAAAGAUAGACGUGAUGGAAAUUGUCAAGCCCGACUCGCCUGAGAAUGUGGCACUGGAGGUGGAAAACCGUGCGGAAAGUCUUAGUCUACACGUGAGCUGGGAGCAUCCGCGGAAUGUCGACACCAAAUCAGGCUGGGUCACACUGGAAUAUCAGCUGAGAGCUAGACAACAACAACGAGGCGACUGGAAGGAGUACAUGGCUGGCACACAAACCCGAUUCACGCUCUACAGCGUCCAUCCCGGCACGGUGUUUCUGGUCCAGGUGCGCUGUCGGCUGGAUCACGGAUCCUGGAGCAAGUGGAGUGACACCUCUUACGUGAAGAUCCCCAACAAUAUCUAUAAUGAAAAACCCUUGUGGAGCCUAAUUUUGGCUCUCUGUGCCUUUCCAUUUCUUGCAACCCUGUGCAUCGUAGUCACCAAGAGGAAAAGUGUGAAGCAUUGUUUGUUCCCGCCUGUUCCUGGUCCAAAGAUACAAGGGCUUGACGUCACACUUCUCAAGAGCGUGGGUUCUAAGGACAUGGUCAGUGCGCUGAUCAUAAACCAGAGCAUUCUUCCUCCGGUGGCCCGGAAGGACCACAUGGACGACUAUCUGAUCGUGUCGGACAACGACGGCGGGCUUCUACCAGACAAAAAGAGGAGCUUUGUUAUGCCCCCGAGCUUUCGUUUAGACUUCCACUACAAGGACAGAGUGGAGCGGGAGAAGUCGGGUUUGUCCAACCUGAACACUCAAUCAGUCGCAAACCAGGAGGCGUCAAAUCCUGUCGCAGCCAACAGUUGCUACGUGGACCUCGGGAUGGACCUCGGGAUGGCUGCGAAACCCAAGCCUGAGUCCAACUACAGUAGAGUGAAAGAGGUGAAGUCUGUCAACAUGCUCCUCCUGGAGAAAGGAUGCUACACGGAUGUGCCGAGACCAGACGAACUCCUUGAGAACUACAGCCAGGUGGAGGACGUGAACAAUGACAAUAGAGUUCUAUUCCUCCAUAGACGGAGCGGACAGUGGGACUCCUCGUGUGGAGAAGACGAGCGCCGCCAAAGAAAGCCAACGCCCAGAAACGCUCACACGGACGUGGGUUUUAUAGAUGGCGGCUAUGUGGAGAAGGUCCCAACUCCACCACUGGGACAAAACGCUCUAAUGUACUGAAUGGUACUUUUUUUCCCACACAAACACACACAUGAAAAGGAACCUUCCUCAGUUCUUGAGCAACACGUUUUAUGUUCCAAAUGGUCCGAUUAUAAAAAAAAUAUUUACCGUAUUUUCCGGACUAUUAGUCGCAGUUUUUUUAUAUAGUUUGGAGGUGCGACUUAUACUCAGGAGCGACUUAUGUGUGAAAUUAUUAACACAUUACCGUAAAAUAUCAAAUAAUAUUAUUUAGCUCAUUCACGUAAGAGACUAGACCAGGGGUAGGGAACCUAUGGCUCUAGAGCCAGAUGUGGCUUUUUUGAUGACUGCAUCUGGCUCUCGGAUAAAUCCUAGCUGCCAUUGCUUAACACGAUAAGUAAUGAA